AUGAGGUUGAGGAGCAGCACGAAGGGAAAGGAUUCAUGGGUUGAGUGCAUUUCUUGGGAGCCUAGAGCUUUCAUUUACCAUAAUUUCUUGUCGGAGAAAGAAUGCUCGCAGUUGAUUAAUCUUGCAAAGCCUCGCAUGAAGAGAUCACUUGUGAGUGACCAAAAAAGUUGGAAAGGUUUAGUGAGCAGCCAUCGCACCAGUACAGGUAGGUUUCUGGUUAAAGGGCAGAACCAACUCGUCCGUAGAAUAGAGAAAAGAAUAGCAGAAUUUACAUUCAUUCCCGUAGAAAAUGGAGAAGGAUUGAGUAUUCUACAUUAUGAAGUUGGGCAGAAGUUUGAUCCUCACUAUGAUUACUCUCGUCCUGAGUCAUUCAACUUUAAAACAUUGGGCCAAAGAAUUGCCACCCUCGUCAUGUAUCUGUCAGAUGUCAAAGAAGGGGGUGCGACGGUGUUCCCGGCUGCGAAAAAAUGCCCGGUUUCGAAACAAUGCGCCAGCUCUUCACGACGAUGGUGGAAGAAACUGCCUGAAUAUGGUGGAGAAGGACUCUCGGUAAAACCAAAGAUGGGAGAUGCUUUAUUGUUUUGGAGCCUGAAGCCUGAUAGUACAUUAGAUCCUACAAGUUUGCAUGGUUAG